AAUAUAUCAUGUCGAAGUACCCAACCAAAGCAUGAUACCAUUAAAUGAGAGAAGUCGUGAUCUCCCGAGCUGAUUUUUUUUUUCUUCUGCCGUUGAGCUCCUAUACCUACGUGAAGAUUUAUCUGUUGACUUUUCCUUCCCAGUUCUUCCCCUUCUCUCAUUUAGCCUCCGACUCUGCCUCCGUCCCCAUCUCAUGCUGAGUUUUUAUGAGGGGUUUUCUACUGUCAGGACGAAGCAGGGUUUUUCUCUUCGAGACCCUGUCUCUCCCGAUCCUGCUUCCUCGCGCGACGCCGUCUAUCCGUUAUCCGUCUUCUCCCCCCCCUCUCCCUCUCUGCGUACCGAAGGCGCAGAAAGUGACGACAAUGCUACCGACGGAGCCCUGUCCUGCCCUACCCUGCCCGACUCAGCGCCUCUCUUCUCUUUGUUUGUUUCCCCCACGUCAAGUCAGUUUGGUCAGUAAGACCGGACGAGUCCGAAAGACAAGCACAGCAGGACCGCACACACGCCAAGCGCGGACCAGCUCCUGGCUCCGCCAGGUAAAGUGUUUGAGAGUAAUGUCAAAGGUAGUCAACACUUAUUCGCUCGCCCGCUGCCUGGCUUUCCGUCGGGCGGGAAAAAUAAAAGAGAAAUUCAAGGGAGGAAGAGGAGGAGACAAAAGUUAGAUUCUAUAGUCGCCCCGGUCUAUGGAGCUCUGUCCACUCUACCGUGCCCCUGCCCUGCCUCCCGCCGCCGGCUCCCCGAAACGCGGCCCGAUGC